GAUUCAGAGGUCUCGCUGUUUGAGAUGAAUAUCCGUUUCAUGGGAAGUUUACUGACCAACUAUGCACUCACUGGAGACGUCAUGUUUAAAGACAAGGCUGCUGAACUAGGCAAACGGAUGUUACCAGCUUUUGAAACGGAUACUGGAAUCCCUAAAUCUCUUAUCAACCUUCAUACAGGAGCUAUUCGAAACUAUGGAUGGGCAGGCAGCAGUUGUAGUAUUCUCUCAGAAAUAGGCACAAUGCAUUUGGAAUUUUCUUACCUAAGUGAUAUCACUGGUAAUCCAGUCUUCAGAGAAAAAGUUGAACGUGUGAGACAGAAGCUCAAGGAUGCUGUCAAGCCCAAAGGAUUGUAUCCAAAUUAUAUUCAUCCACAAACUGGAAAAUGGGGAUCACAUCACAUGUCCUUGGGUGCUCUUGGUGACAGUUUCUAUGAAUACUUGUUGAAGGCUUGGAUCCAAUCAGGUGGAGAAGAUGUAGAAGCAAGAGAAAUGUAUGAAGAAGCAAUAGCUGCUGUUGUUAAACAUAUGGUCUUCAGAUCCCUUGAAGGUCUUCUUUAUCUCUCUGAUUUAAGAUUCGAUAAACCAGACCAUAAAAUGGGUCAUCUUGCCUGUUUUGCUGGUGGUAUGUUCGCAUUGGGAGCAAAAACUAUAAAAAACGAAAAAUCAAACGAAUACAUGGAAAUAGCAAAAAAUAUAACGAAUACCUGUCAUGAAUCGUACGAUCGUACUGCAACGAAAUUAGGUCCUGAGGUAUUCCAUUUCAAGAAUAACAUCCAAGCAAAAGCCAUAACAAAUGGCGAAAAAUAUUACAUUUUACGACCAGAGACAUUUGAGUCGUACUUUAUUUUGUGGCGACUGACGAAAGAUCCAAAAUACCGUGAAUGGGGUUGGAAAGCAGUUGAAGCCUUAGAAAGGCAUUGUCAUGUAGAAGGAGGAUUCACAGGAAUCAGUAAUGUGGAUUCACUCGAUCCAGAUAAGGACGACGUUCAACAGAGUUACUUCUUGGCGGAAACACUCAAGUAUCUAUACCUACUCUUCAGUGAUGACAACCUUAUAAGCCUGGACGAAUGGGUAUUCAACUCUGAAGCUCACAUGUUACCAAUCAAAGGCAAUCCUCUCUACCGUGCAGCACCAACAACAUCAUAAGCUGUUUAGUUAUUACAUCAAGACAAUCUAAUAGUUGCUACGUCAAUGUUACUAGCUGAUUGAUGGGUGGUCAACAAGCAAGAUCUUUCUAAAAUAACCAAUUGGAAUUAGUCUAUGAAGAUAUCAAGAUGUUCUGAAAGGAAAAGCACUCGUGUGUGUUAGCAUCAAUGCUUUUUACGACAUUGAACUCAAACGAUUAUUUAAAUAGGAAUUAGGGAAUUUAAAAAAAUAUAUAGUUGAUAAAAUAAAUUUAAAAAAGCUAAAAGUGAACUGUUAAUCGUCGAACAAUUUGUAAAUAACUGUUUUAUGAGGAUAGAAACAAUUUGUGCUUAUGCAUAAAUGUACUGGAAUGAUUGACCGCUUCAUCGUACCUUUCAUGGUAUCACGUGGCCUAAGUUUGCUAUAAACAGCAACGAACGAUGGAUAAAAUCAUCUUAGACUGAUACCAGAGCCAUCGAGACUGACUUCAAAUUAAGGCCUGGAUAUUAAGCUACUUCAAUGUCAAAUGAACGAUUUUUUUACAAGCUGUAAAUGUUGUGUGCUUUUUUAUUAAUCUGUAACUCAACAAAAUUCUACAUCUGUUAGCAUAGUCAGUUUUAUGCAUUUGUUUUGUUGUCACAAAUCAAUUUACACACAAUUUUAAUCGAGUUUUUUUUUCAUAAUCGAAGUCACAAACAAGCAUUUCAAUAACACACAAUUUAGUUAUUUUAUAAAAAAGACAAAAAUUUAUUAUAUUAGUUAUUGAUGAAGCUCAAAAUGUGAUCAACUGUCAUAUUCAAAAUCAACUCAAUCAUUGCUCUCUCUCUUUCUCUCCUCAUAAUGAAAAAACAAACCUCUUUUGUCUCACACAAGUGUUCCUUCGCGUAUCAAAAGCAAAGCUUUAGGAUUUUGCUCGCGAUUUUCGAGGUAAAAAAUAACGUAUUAUGUAUAUACAUGAGGAAAAAUUCUCUCUUUAUAAUACUUUCAAUGACAAAUAUAAACUUUUUAUCAGCGAUUUAAAAUUGUUUUCAAGUGGGAAACGAAGUACACUUAUCAGUCUAUAUGCACAGAUAUUAGCCUUUUGAAAAAAUGUGAAUUUCAUUAUUAUUCGGCAAAAAAAUCCUAAUUCAGCAAUUGAAGACUCGUAUCCCAAUAAUAACCGCAGUGUAAAUGAGAAUUUUGUAUGAUGAGAAAGAUUAACAAAAUACUAUCAAUUGUAGUAAUUGAUGAUAUAAUUAAUUUUAGACAGCAGUGUGCAUAAAUAUUUAGAGACCAUAAAUAAUGAUAAUAAAUAAUUUUAUGAACGUAAUAACUAAUGUGAGAGAGCAAAAAAAAACUAUGUGAAAUGUGUGUUAAACUUAAAUUUUGUAUAUAAAAGUUGAAUGAAAGUAAUAUUCUAUUCAAAAUACGUGAAAUAAUGUGAGAAAAAAAAACAAAAACUAAUGAAAUUGUAUAGUUGUAACUAGAUAAAGCUGAUAGUAGCAAAAACUCAUUUCGUUAUCAGAGUUUAAUAGUCAACUAUACAAAAAAAUGAGUUAAAAUAGCAAACAAACAACGCCAUGAAAGCUGUGUUGUUUAGUAUCUAUUGUAAAAUACUUCUUGAUAAAAGAGUGUUAGAAUGCUUCUCAUGGCAAAAAAAGUUACUUAAUACGUUUAUCUUACGUAGCAAUACAGUGUUACGAUAUCGCGUAACACUUGCCAGCUCCAUGUAAAGUUAAAUUAUUAUUCUAUGAUUAACUCUUGAUAUAGUAUUCAUUUUAUUCCGUAAAUUAAUCUUUAUAUCUUCCAGUAAAUCAGCUAUUGAUUAAAAAAAAUGUAUAAGAUACCAUGUAAUGAUAUGCGUAAAGUGAUUGUAAGAUUUUGCAGUAGAAUGUAAAGAUAGUUUGUGAUUUCACAUGAACAUUUAAAGUUCAUUCUUGUAAAAAAACAAAUCAAGACAAAAAGUGGGUGAAUAAGAAAACCUUUUAAAGCAUUUGGUGAAAAUAGAUAAUGAAAAAUUAAAUAAAAUUCUGUAGAUUAAAAGUAUGAAUGAACCAAUAAUAUUUGUUACAAGAACGAGAGAUGGUUCGCAUUUGAUAAUAAGAAAACAAUAGAUGAUAUUUACUUUUGUGAAUAGAUAUUUAUUAUUAUUAAUAAUUUAUUGUUAAUUAGAGGAAUUUUUUAAACGAUUUCAUUAGCGGGAUUUUGGGUAAAAUGUAAUCGUUUCAAUAUGCCUGCAACAAUUUUAGUUACAUUCGGCUCACUCCAGACUAAAUUGUCGGGAAGGAGUUAUUUUAUUCUUCCUGAUGGAUGCGAUGAUAAUAAUAAUAAUAAUAAUAAUAAUAAUAAUAAUAAUAAUAAUAAUAAUAAUAAUUAUAAUAAUAAUAAUUAAUAAACUACUAGAAUGAGUGAAAAGAAAUAUAAAUAUUACAAUUAUAAAUAAUGAAUAAAUAUAUAUAUAUAUAAAUGAAUAAAUAAAUAUAUAAAUGAUAUAAAUAUAAAUAUAUUCGAUGUUGAAACAAACAGUGGCAGUGGACUUUUAAUAAGAAUGUAUUGUAUUUGUAAAUAUAACACACCGUAGGGAUUACGGGGUUUCAAUUAGAUAAUUUUAUGUGAUUAUUACUUUAACAUGAUCAGUAAAUCAAAUAAAUAUUGAUAAUAUAUAA